UACUAUGGAACGUUGGUCGAAUAAAGUAGCUGUAAUCAGUGGUGCUAGUGCCGGUAUAGGUGCAGCCUGUUGCAAGGCUCUAGUAACAUCUGGUAUGCUAGUAGUAGGCUUAGCUCGACGUCAAGAACUUAUAUUAAAACUAAAAGAGGAAUUACCCGAAAAUUUACGCAAUAAUCUACAUGCCAUACGCUGUGAUGUAACCCAAGAGGAUCAAGUAUCUCAAGCCUUUAAUUGGACACAAAAACACCUAGGAGGCUGUGAUGUUCUUAUAAAUAAUGCCGGGAUUAUAGCCACCACUGAGUUGUCACAACGUAAGAACACUAAAGAAAUAAAACAGACUCUGGAUACAAAUCUUUUGGGUACGGUAUUCUGUACCCGCGAAGCUUUUCAUUCCAUGUGCACGCAAAAGAAUGGCCAGGGUCAUAUUGUUAUUGUCAAUAGUAUUGCUGGUCAUCAGGUGCCAAAUUUGGGUCCAGAUUUGCCUUCACUUAAUAUUUAUCCAGCCACUAAAUUUGCUUUGAAAGCUAUGAAUGAAAUCUAUCGUCAAGAGUUUCAACGUCAUAAGACACAAGUUAGAGUAACUACCAUUAGCCCGGGCAUAGUAGAUACGGAUAUUUUACCGGUGGAUAUAUUAAAGGUGGUUAAAGCUAUGCUGCCUAUGUUAAAAUCUUCGGAUGUGGCCGAUGCUGUUUUGUGGGCUUUGAGUACACCUCCCAAUGUACAGGUUCAUAACAUCACUAUUAAACCAAUGGGAGAGAAAUUUUAAAAUACGUGUAAUUUUAGAAAAUUUCAAGACUAUAGUCAAAUGCAUAGUCCAGACUAAAGUCUUGUCCGUAGUCCAGACUAAAUUCUUGUCUAUUCUGGUUUUUAGUACAGUCUGUAGAGUAUACUAUACAGUCUAUAAUGCUGAAUACAUAUAUUUAAGUCUAUAGUAUGGACUAUAGUCUACUCUACAGUCCAGACUAUAGUUUACUCCAAACUCCAGACUAUAGUCUACUCUAUACUCCAGACUAUAGUCUACUCUAUACUCCAG